AAGGGGGAGAGGGAGAGAGGGAGGGAGGGAGGGAAGGGAGAAAGAGAUCUGACGAUUACGUGGUAGCAUAGAUGGCGAACGCCAGCGAGCGCGAAGAGGCCAACAGUUCUCUCCAGGAUUAUGCCAUCACCGCGUCCGCCGUCAAAUUGGCCUCGUUGGGGCUGAUCAUCUGCGUGAGCCUCGCGGGCAACCUGCUCCUGUCCUUCCUGACGCUGAGGGACCGGAGCCUGCGCCGGGCCCCCUACUACUUCCUCCUGGACCUGUGCCUGGCCGACAUUGUGCGCUCCGUGCUCUGCUUCCCCUUCGUCAUGGUGUCCAUCAGCCGCGGCUCGUCGUGGACCUAUAGCCUGGUCAGCUGCAAGGUGGUGGCUUUUGCCGCCGUCCUCUUCUGCUUCCACGCCGCCUUCAUGAUGUUCUGCAUCAGCAUCACCCGCUACAUGGCGGUGGCUCACCAUCGCUUCUACUCCAAGAGGAUGACCUCGUGGACCUGUGCCGCGGUCAUCUGCAUGGUCUGGACCCUGUCGGUGGCCAUGGCUUUCCCGCCCGUCUUCGACGUGGGCACCUACAAGUUCAUCCGCGAGGAGGACCAGUGCAUCUUCGAGCACCGCUACGUCAAGGCCAACGACACGCUGGGCUUCAUGCUGAUGUUAGCCGUCAUCGUGGCGGCCACCCACGUGGUCUACAUCAAGCUCAUCUUCUUCGUCUACGACCACAGGAAGAUGAAGCCAGCCCAGCUCAUCCCGGCCAUCAGCCAGAACUGGACGUUUCACGGACCCGGGGCCACAGGACAAGCUGCGGCCAACUGGAUCGCCGGCUUCGGGAGGGGUCCCACGCCACCCACCCUGGUGGGCAUCCGGCAGACAUCACACAAUCAGAACAAACGGCUGCUGGUCUUGGACGAGUUCAAGGCGGAGAAGAGGAUAGGCAGGAUGUUUUACAUCAUCACCGUCCUCUUUUUGCUCCUCUGGUCCCCUUAUAUCGUGGCCUGCUACCUGCGAGUAUUCGUCAAGGCCACCAGCAUCCCGCAGGUGUACCUGACUGCUGCCGUGUGGAUGACGUUUGCUCAGGCAGGAGUCAACCCCAUCCUGUGCUUUAUCUUCAACAAGGAGAUACGGAUUUGCUUCAGAACCCAUUUCCCUUGCUUUCAAAGCACACAGACGCCCAGAGAAGCUUACUGUGUCAUUUGAAAAAAAAAGA